UAGGUUGUCAAGUAAAGGUCCGUACGACGUGACGUCACCACGCAAGAUUUUGUGACCAAUGAGAUCGCGGACCGAUCCUCUGAAGAUCCAGUGUGAGCAGAGUGUCCUCGGUACACUGCAAGCGGAGCGCGGAGAGGAACAACGGAGCUCGCACACACUCAUUCAUACACACUGCGCGCGUGCACAGACACACACACACAUACACACUGCACUGGGAGAAUCUUUCACAGUCACACACACGCACACGCGCGCGAGGAGACGUGCAGGGAGAAACGGAAGCAGAUCUGAGGUGCGGCUUUCACCGGAUGGAGAGUCUCUGUCGGUGUAAUCGGUGCUGAUUCGUGUAUCGCGGUUCCGGAGCAGAAAUCGCGCCUGGAGCUCGAGGAAACAUUUCCUUCAGCCUCUUUAAUAAAUCUGUGAUUUUUUAAAAAAAAGAUUUUUAUUGAUUGUUGCUCGGUACCGGGUGUGGACUGUCUGGAACUGAACCCGGAUUUUAUAACCGUGGCUUUUCUUUAACAAACGUCUAAUUUUGCGCACAGAGGAAUAGAGUCUCAGGUGUGUGUGUGAGGGAACAUGGAGGUGUUACUAUGACCUCGGACUUCACCACUGUCACUGCUGCCUCGGGUCACACACUCUAAACCUAUUUAUUCACAAUUUUGGGAUUUUUUUUUGGGUGGUUCUGUUUGAGAGCCAGUGAACUGAGAGAUUUUUUUAUUUUGGGUAAAUUCAGCCAUGAACUUUGUGGUUUAUUGGGCUCAGAUAUUCCUGGUAGCGCUGCUGAACGUCUCUGCUCUGAAGGCGGCUUACAUACCAAAGGAGGGAAAAAGUGAGAAUGAAGUGUUGGCGUUUAUGGAGGUGUACAGUAAGAGCAGGUGUAAUCCCAGGGAGAUGCUGGUGGAUGUCCAGCGCGAGUAUCCACACGACACACACGUCACCUACCUGCCGUCCUGCGUGGUGCUGCGGCGCUGUGGAGGCUGCUGUAAUGAUGAAGCACUCGAAUGUGUUCCUACACACACAAAGAACAUUACACUGGAGUUGUACAGAGUAAAACCAGGUGUAGGAGAGCACAAAACUCUGCUGAGCUUCACAGAACACACACACUGUGACUGCAGAGUAAAACCAGAAGUGAAAACAAAGAAAGAAUAUCGCUGUGAGCCCUGCUCAGAGAGGAAGAAGCACUGGUUUGUGCAGGAUUCUCUCACCUGUAGGUGCACCUGCACACUGACUCAGUUACAGUGCAGGUCCAGAAAGCUUGAGUUAAACGAGAGAGUUUGCAGAUGUGAUAAACCGAGAAGAUGACGAUGACGCUGGUCUCAGACACGCACUGAAUGAAGGAAUAUUUAAUCUCAGCACUUUGUCAACAACCUGUGGACCACACACACACACACACACACACACACACACACACACACACACACACACUGAGAGAGAUGAUGGAAACAGCAAUGGUGUGAUACUGCCCAGCUGUAUGUUUUAAUAAAUUAAUAUAUGAACCUAGUUAUAUCCAAGAGACAGAACGCUGUAAAGAAGACAUGACGAUGUGUAAUGCUGCUACGGAGACGAGUGGACGCUGCGCCUUGAGACAGACGGACAUAGAGCUGCUGUUUCACGGAUUUUAUUUAAACGUGAUGUGAUAGUCAGAGUGGGCGGGACUCUACUGGACUGAGACACACUCUGAUUGGACGACGGUGCAACCUUUGAGGAUACGACACUAUUGUUGUGUAAAUAUUAAAGGGAUUUUCAGCGUAGGUUUAUUUUAAUGUGAUUCCGGUUUUCACCAAGGACAUUUCAUCAUCAGAAAUCAUCCAAUAAUAAUAAUAAUAAUAAUAAUAAUAAUAAUAAUAAUAAUGGACUGUUCUAAGUAAAUCAGUGUAUUUUCCAAAGAGAACUGUUAGGAAGCACGUUAACAAUGUGUAACUCAUUCAUAUCCCGGUUUCUAGUACACUACAUCUAAUUUAUAAAGGUAGCUUCAGUAUUCUGUGUAUUUAAAUUGAUUUAUUUAUAUUCAGUGUUACGUUUUUGUUGCUGUUCAUUGCCUUGUGUUUUUUUUCUGUCAUCAUCUCCACCAAUCUGCCUGAUUUUAGUUUCUUUUCCCAAAAGAAAAAAAGAAAGAAACAAAGAAAGACUUCUCUGACAUUCCUGAACACUAAUGUAGAUCUGACAGAGAGGACAGUGAUGUUUCUCCGUAAAAUCCCUGGCGAAUCGUGAGGAUUGUACAUGUGACGUGAGCCUAGGCCUUUUGUUCAUCGAUGAUGAUGAUGAUGACGAUGAUGAUGACGAUGACGACGACGACGAUGAUGAUGAUGAAGAGGCGAUUUGUGACUUUUUCCCAGCAAAACCAUCAACAUUCUUCUAUUUGUAUUAAAACAGAUCUUUACAUGUCCAUUCUAUUUUCAUAAUAUAUUUAUUUGCGUGUUAAAGAUUUAAAUAAUAACUCUUUUUUGUUUUAGCUUAACAUUAAAUAUGUAUUUAUUUUUGAAAUUAUAUUGUUUUUUAAUAAAUCAAAAAAUCUAUCCGUGUCGCA